GAUGGUGCCGCCAGGGACCCGCUGCGCUGCAGGGGAGACGCGCCCCGGCCGUGUGAGCAGGGGAGCAGGAGCGCGGGGUGCAGGAGCGGGGCCCCGCCGCUGGGCACGGCACGAAGCAUGGCAGAAGAAGUCCCAGCGGCGUCCGCCAUGCCCGAGUGCAACGGGAGCGCGGCCCUGGAGAAGGGCCCGUGCCAGGCCGUCGGUGUCAUCGAUGGAAUUGCAGACUCUGUGGGGACGGGUCCUUGUGGGAAUGCAGAAACCGGCCCCGAUCGUCUCCUCGGGAAAGGAAACCAGGAGGAAAACAGGGAUUCGUUGGCAGAGGACGUAACACGGGGGGAUCUGGAUGGAAGGGAGCAAUGUGAAGAAAAGCAAGAGGAAAGCGAUGGGAUGCUCCAGCAGGGAUCAGCUGAUACCCAGGACACAGGGACCAGCAGCCAGGAAUCAGAGGGAGGGCUGGGCAGGGCUGCGGGCAGCGGGCAGACAGAGCCAGGGGCGGCCCAGGAGGAGGUGGAGGAGGAAGAAGAGGAGGAGGAGGACACCGAAGAGGAUGAAGUCCGGGUGAUCGACAUGAAGAAGGAGAACGGUGAGGCGUCCCCGCCGAAGCAGCAAGACAGCAGCAAGGAUGUUGCAUCUGCCCCCACCAGCCCUGGCUGCAACGCCCAGGCUGAGAAACCUGGGGAGCAGCCCAGCCUGGGGAAGAAAAAUGACAUCUCCAGACACAGCUACUCCCGGUACAACACAAUCUCCUACCGGAGGAUCAGGAAAGGAAACACCAAACAGCGAAUCGAUGAGUUUGAAUCCAUGAUGCACUUGUGAACUGAGGGGGAGAAUUGCUUAACCAGCUGAGCGGUUGCUCUGGAUUUGUUUUUUCCUUUUUGUCCCCCCACAGCAUGUCUCUGCACACAACGAGGUCACUGCUGUUUUCCCCUUUUUAUAUAUGAUAAUCCCCUGUGAAAAUUUAACAUCUUUGCUUUGACAGCGGGCAGAGGCACCCAUAGAGCAGGAAAAUAAAUCAUCAGUUUGCUAAGUGUAA